AUGCAUUUCCUCCCCAGCCUGCUCGCUUUCGUCGCGGGCUUCCUCCUCUGCUGCAUGUCGAUACCGUCCGUACGAAAGUGCGUGAUAGCAGUGGAGGAUACGCUCGGCGUGCAUGAAGCCGGACUUUCAAGAGUUGCCUCGCGGGUCCCCGUACGCGAAAAUGGUCCUCAGAACAUGGCUCAACUGAUAAUGCUUCGGCAUAAGAUAAAUCAAACAAAUUCUCGCAGACGGCGUAGUGUCAGCCAUUCCCGCCAAGCUUCUCGAUCUUUUGCCAUUCCUUCGUCCCGUCCGCACCGAAAUCCGUUCGCGCGGUUCGGUCGCGCUUUCGUUGGAAAACACUACCAUUGA